CGCGCCCGUCUGCUGUGUUUACGUUUGCCAGGCGUUUACGGGCGUGGACUAAUCAUUGUCAUCAUAAGUGACAUGUCGUGUCUGUUUUAUUUUAAUUCUGUCAGCUGUAUAUAUCGAACAUUUUAACCAGAAAUUCAUAGUUUCAGGGGCAUGGCUGUAUUGACAAUGCUUGUUUUUAGACUCAAGUGAUAUGACUAGAUUCUAUGCCCAGUUGUCUUAUGUCAGAAGUGGUCAUGAAUCGACAGUUGACAUAUUUUCUGUUGAAACUGGAUUUUCUAUUUUUUUGUUAUGAGUAUUUACAUGAUUCCUAACUAAAAUGCCUUUUUUUAAAAUUAUUCCCAUCCCAGGUUUCAGAUCGGUUAUUUUCUUGGACAUUGAUUGAUUGUAUUCCCAAAUGUCCUAAAAAAAUCAAAUGUUUGGUAAUGGUAUUGAAGAAUGUCCUGUGAAAAGUUGAUUAAAUCAUGAAAAUGUCUAAAUGCCCUUUUGUCGUCAGCAAAGUCACGCCACACCCUUUUCGGAAAAAGAUAAUGAAUACAAUUAGGCCCUACUGUCUUUUUAGACUGCUUUAUAUUAUUGAGAUAGUAAAUUUAAUUAGAUUGAUAUUUCAGUUAACAACAGCAUCAUUUCAAAAUUGCAGAUUUCAAAAUGAAGAUUAAUUUUUGUACCAAUAUAUCUUUUAUUAUUUUCAAGGCUUCUGACAUUGGAAUGCAACAACACACUUGAGAAGCAUGAGCACCCGAUCCACAUGGAGGAACUCUGUGAUCGAUUCAGCCUAGUACAGUCAGCAUUAGCCUACCUUGACAAUACCGAUCACCUCUACUACGUGAAAACAACUUGCUGUAAAUACAGCUCGGGAGAGGAGCUUUUGGUGUAUCAUUUUAAACUUGAUGUGGACCCAGCUGAACUUACAGAAUUAAAUGCUGCACUCGGAAAUUUUGUGCUUUUGAAACCACUAAAAGCCACUGAGAUCUUUCAAGAAAUAGUGUUCCAAACAGCUCAGGAGUUGGAGCUUCUACCAAGUGACACCACCCUGUCCCAGAUCUCUGUUUUUCUGAAACUUGCCAGCUUGCCAAGUCCACUAGAAGGUUGCAGAAUCAAAUGCAUGAAAGAUUUAUCAAGGAAUAUUGGCAGCUGUAACUAUGUCAAGUUUGAUGGUGUUGUCACUGGAGUUACAGGAAUUUCAAAAUAUACGCGGAGCACACGUUACGUGUGUCCCCACCCUGCAUGUGAGGGGAAUGAGGGACACAAGUUCAUCCGAGUCCACAUUGCUGGAGCCUCAGAGACACAGACAAUAAGAAAGGACUUCAGAUGUAGUGCAUGUGGUUCAGUCUUAGAAGAGGACAAGAGCUCCAGAAUUAUAUCAGAUAAAUUAUUAGCAGAGGUUGUUCAUGAAGAUUGCUUCCAUGAUGUCAUCAAUGCCAAGACCAGACAGCGAGUCCAGGCAGUUCCAGUUUAUGUCAGAGAUGAACUGUGUGAGAAGAUUCAGAUAGGACAGAAGUACCAGAUAAUCGGCAUGGUGAGGAAAGACAUCACUGGUGAGGUGGUCAACCUUGCCCUGGAGGCCAAUAACAUUAUAGAGAUAUCACAUAUUGUGCAUCCCCUAACACCAUCAUUUCUGCCUGAGAGCCUGGUCUGCCUGUACAGUGACAGGAGAGACUCACCAUGGAGCUUCAGCCUCAGCCUUGCCUAUGUGUUUGGGGGAGAAAUUGCCCCACCAGGAUCAUACCUACAACUAAAGCUUGGACUAAUGCUGAGUUUAGCGACUGUGUCAGAGGAGAAACCACUUCACAUACUUGGCAUCGGCAGUGAAGUGGAGACGAUACAGAGACUCAUGGACUAUGGCCGCCAGUUCUGUGACAGGAGUGUGUGUCACAUGGCAGGCUGUCAUCUCACUGGUAAAGUCAUCAGUGACAGGCAUGAGACUGCCCCAUACUUCAUAGAAGGUGGCUCCUUGUUGCUGGCAGCAGGAGGAGUGUGUUUCCUGGGGGAGCUGGGCAGACUUAAGAAGAAGGUCCAGGAACAUCUGCAAGCAGUACUUGGCAGUACCAAGGUGUAUCUGGAGCUGGGUUCUAAACACACUGGUGGCCUCCCUCAGCGCACGGUUCAACCCCUCCCAUGCCAAAUAUGGGGGUACUCGGACAGCAAACCAAACAAAGGAAAAACGUCUGAUGACCUGUUCAGUCAUCAAGACUCAGGAAUCAUCCCUAAGCCAAUGCUGGAUGGGUUUGGGUGUGUCUGUUACACUGACAUUGAUGACACAGUGAGUAGAGAGGAGAUUGACACCCUCGCAGCCUGCCAGAUUCUGGUUCAGUCCAUGGAAUCCCAGCAGAGGGAUAACAGACUACCCGUAUCUUCUCACGACUUCAGACAGUUCUUCCAGUACCUGAGCAGCUACAGGACCAAGAUGACCAGUGAAGCCCUGCACCUGUUACAGAUGUAUUACCAGGCCAGCAGAAAAGCACGAGCUUGUUCAGACGCUAGCACAGGUGUUCCUGUCACUGCCAUGCAAACACUGGUGUCCCUGUCUCACGGCCAGGCCAAGCUCAGUCUGCGUCACCAGGUCCUAGAGGAAGAUGCUGUCAUGGCCAUUAGGAUCUAUGAGGAAAUUCUUACUGCAAGAUUUGGAAUGUCCAUAUUGAAUGUUCAGCCAAGAUCUCAUGUGACAAGCAAGUGUUUUGAAGAAUUUAUUGGACCAGAGAAUGACCGGGCCAUGCAUCAGUUCCAUGUUCAACUGAUCCGAUUCUGUGGCCACACUGGCAACAUGGAGGAAUGAAAUGUACACAUUACCAUAGACAUUACUGUUAAUGUGUUAUACCAAAAGACAUCAGACAGUGGGACCAUUUGAUUCUUAUACAAUAAGACUUCGUUUGUUGACCGAGUCAGUGGAAAUGCAGGAAACUACACUCUGAAUUUCUGUUUUGGUGGCAUCAUAGAAGCAUUUGUUGACUUGAUCACAGUGUUAAAUGUAGGGAAGCUACACUCUGAACUGCUGUCUUGGUAGCAUCAGGGUUCUGUAUUAGAAGCAUUUGUUGACUGGACCAGUGUUAAAUGUAGGGAGGCUACACUCUGAACUGCUAUUUUGGUGGCAUCUGGUUCUGUAUCAGAAGCAUUUGUUGACUGGAUCAGUGUUAAAUGUAGGGAAGCUACACUCUGAACUGCUGUCUUGGUAGCAUCAGGGUUCUGUAUUAGAAGCAUUUGUUGACUGGACCAGUGUUAAAUGUAGGGAAGCUACACUCUGAACUGCUAUCUUGGUGGCAUCAGUUUCUGUAUAGAAGCAUUUGUUGACUGGACCAGUGUUAAAUGUAGGGAAGCUACACUCUGAACUGCUAUCUUGGUGGCAUCAGUUUCUGUAUAGAAGCAUUUGUUGACUGGACCAGUGUUAAAUGUAGGGAAGCUACACUCUGAACUGCUAUCUUGGUGGCAUCAGUUUCUGUAUUAGAAGCAUUUGUUGACUGGACCAGUGUUAAAUGUAGGGAAGCUACACUCAGAACUGCUAUCUUGGUGGCAUCAGUUUCUGUAUAAAAAGCAUUUGUUGACUGGAUCAGUGUUAAAUGUAGGGAAGCUACACUCUGAACUGCUAUCUUGGUGGCAUCAGUUUCUGUAUUAGAAGCAUUUGUUGACUGGACCAGUGUUAAAUGUAGGGAAGCUACACUCUGAACUGCUAUCUUGGUGGCAUUGGGUUGUGUAUCAGAAGCAUUUGUUUACUGGACCAGUGUUAAAUGUAGGGAAGCUACACUCAGAACUGCUAUCUUGGUGGCAUCGGGUUCUGUAUUAGAAGCAUUUGUUGACUUGAUCAGUGUUAAAUGCAGCAAAUAUUUAAGUUUUAAAUAUAAAUUUGUUGACAUAAGCAUGGGUUUCUAAUUUAUUAUCUGAUGCAGAAAUCAUUCUAAUUCUGUGUAAAAUAUAUUUUAACAUGUAGACUCAAUGUUGAUUGAAUAGUUCUAAUGAAAUUGAGAGAAUCUCUUGAUGAAAUAGGUGCCGGAUCGUCUGUCACCAAGUGUGUCUAUAUGUUAAAAUUGUCCAACUUGUAUUCUGUUCAAUGUUAUCAUUGUCACCCUACUACAUCUGUGAUAAUACAUUUAUGAAUCAAAUAUUUCCACAUAUGUUUGGUAAUAUUGGCAAGUAAUAUUUAAUAUAUUAACUAUGUCAGCUAUCACUGACUUAUCAGACAGAUUACAUUGGUCAAACGGCUAUGUAGUGGAGCCAGGAGUAAAUGGGGUUGUAUCUUGCUGUCAACAAGAUUACAGCACUGACACUAAUGAGUGAGGUACCAAUAUUCACAUCUCAAACAAAAGUUUAGAAUAAAUCUUUUUCUGUAUUUGAUUCCUGGUACAAGUACAGAAUUCUGUAAAUGGUGAUUUACUAUUUUAAGUCUUUUUAGUACAAAUGUGCAUUUCUCAACAUGAAAUACCCAGAAAAGUUCACUUCAAUAUCUCCAAUAGAUUUCUGACUUACGACCUGAUGACACUAUGAUGUAAGUAACAUUCGAGAGGAUGGAAAGAAGAGGCAACAGCACCCAGUCCCAUAUAUCCUCCUACUCUGUUGUCUUACUAGACAAACCGGUGGUAGUCAGGCCAUGGCAUGAAAACAGGUUGACACCUUCAGCCAUGUCACAACUGGUGCUCCCUGGCAGCCUCCUAUCAAGUGCCAUUUACCUCAAGGAGCUGUGACCAGUCAGAUCAGGUUACAAAUAAAGCAUGUGGGGCCUUUAUUGUCCUGAGAUGACUGACAGACUAAAGAAUGCGAUGUCAUUAACAGUUAACUAUAAACAACACUCAAGAGCAAAUGUUUUAUUUUGUUUUGCCACAUAUUAAUAUCUCAGACAGCAAUACAUAACAAUAAUACACCAGAUUCAUUCACACUGUCCUUAUACCCCAAUAUAGUUCUAGUGUUCAAAGCACAGGAGAUAGAUCUGUGUUCCAGUGUGGAGAUUUGUUUCCAUAGUCACAACACUAUAAUAAAGAGAUAAUG